AUGUCGCUGAUCAAGACUCCUUACCUCUAUUACCUCUGGGAAAAAGCCCAAAAGAGCCCAUACGAGGCACAGUCGUCGGCAUUCUGGGCAUAUGCUCUGAAAGAAAUUUUCUUCCAUGGCCCAGAAUGGGCAAUAUCUCCCGAGCAGCCACCAGCGGAGAGGGAUGACAGACGACGGGUAGAUAUCAAAAUCACCAACAUGACUGCCCACGAAGAUGGGCAGGUCACUGGCCGAACAAUCUGCAUGCGCAAGCGAGAGAAGCUUGCAACCAAGUCAUGGCAGCAGGACAGCCCUUCUGCUACGCAAUAA